AUGAGCUUGGAGCAUGGCUACACUACAUUGAUAACCAACUCAAACUUUGACAUUGAGUUGGUCAACUUGGAGAAGGCGCUACAUAAUGCUUCAUUCGUCUCAAUAGAUACAGAGUUCUCUGGUGUUGGCUAUCACAAAGGAUUGAAACUAAGUAACAUUCAAGAUAGAUACUCAUUCAUAUCAAAGUUGGUCAAGUCAAGGUCAUUACUCCAACUUGGAAUUGCAGUGUUCACAGAGACAAAGGAACAAAGUAGUGCAACAAUCAGUACUUCAGCUUCAAAUGAUGAUACAUUGAAUGGAAACAAGAAGAGACCAUUGGACACUGGUACUACUACUUCAUCCUCAUCAGACGCAUCAACAUCAUCAUCAUCGUCUUCGCAUAACUAUCACUAUGACGUCAGAAUAUUCUCAUUCUUAUUGCUCAAUCAAUCAGAGUUCCAGGUGUAUCCUGCCUCAAUGACAUUCCUCGUUCAGCAUGGAUUCGACUUUAACAAGCUGUUCACCGAUGGUAUACCAUUCACUCCAUUCACAUCAUUCUCCUCAUCGCACUCUACCUCAACAGUGUCCAACAAAAAGGCCAACAACAAUGGACAUGGCAACAAUAAUAACAAGAAUACUGCUGUUGCACCAAAGGAAUCCAAGCAACAUAGGCUCAUCGAAGUACUUUCAAAGCAUCGCCAACCAGUUGUCAUACACAAUGGACUCUUUGACAUACUAUUCCUUUAUCAGAGUUUCAUUGGCGAUCUCCCCGAUACACUCAAUGAAUUUAUAGUCAAGUUCACCAAUGUCUUCCCAAAAGUGUAUGACACCAAGUAUAUCUCUGAGUAUAAGGUCAACGAGAAUAGAUCAUUCCUUCAAUAUCUAUUCCUAAAGUACGAGCGCAACAACUAUCAACGAGUACAAUCCAAACAAUCAUACCUAUCAUGUGACAAGGUUAUUGGAAGUUUGGAUGGUGUGAGGUCUGAGCCACUUGUCAAUAUCCUGCGGUCAAAUGCCAAGAGCUACGAUGGUUCCAAGAUAUGUCCAGACUUUGCUAAUCAUGGAUAUUGUAAGAAUGGAAUUGGAUGUACUCUCUCCCAUGAUGUACAGAUUGUACUUGAUGAGGAUGAGUUUAGGAGGGCUAGUGCCAGUCAGGCCAAAGCAGCCAAGAAGAUGAGGAAGGACAAUAACAAUGAUAACACGAUUACCAACAAACCUGUUACAAGUACCACAACAACAUCAACAACUCCAACACUGGCACCAAUGUCAUUAUCCACAGAGAUGGAUAACUUACCAUUCAAACUCAAUCAAGAUUCCACCUCCAUGAUCACAUCCUCAUUGACAUCGACAUCGACUACAACUACGACAACCACAACAUCAAUCUUAUCCCCAAACAAUAAUGAGCCACUGCUGCUGAGCAGUAACCUAAUGGAUGUCACUUUAAGUGCUGACACAGCCAGUGACUCCAAUGCACACUCUGCUGGAUACGACUCUGCAAUGACUGGGUUCAUCUUUGCCUACUACAAACAUCUUGUGUUCCGAUCAGAGAAGCUACCCGAGCUGGAGAACAAGAUAUAUCUUACAGGCAAGGAAGUACCAUUGCUAUUAAAGAAGUCAAGCUAUGCCUAG